UGGCAGGGUCUGCGAUGAGCCCACAUAGUAGGGAGCCGGCUGCUUGCCAAUCUGGAAGAUACAAAAGAUGAAUUAACAGAGGAUUAGUUGGGGUUUUAAGUGAGUGAAAAGGUACAGAGACAAGGGGCAAGGGCACAAAUGUAUAUAGUUUUUGCCUAACUUUGCCAAUUGGCCUUCGUUCAAGUAGCGAAAUGUUAGCCAUGGUUUUGCCUCUCUUUAAUGUCCAAUGGUGUUUGUGUGGCCUAUCCCAAAAAUAAGAUUGCGUACCGAAACACGUAAAGCACUUGGGCAUACACGUAGAGAAAACUUGGGGUACAUGAAUUAAUAAAUUAACAGAUUUAAGCUAUAUAUUUGGGGGAGAAACGGGUACUUAUACAGUCUUUAGCUUUCUUUCUCUCUGUGUAAUAACUUGGUCGAGUGCCAGGGCCAUCGACGCGUCGUCGUCGCUUCUGAUGAAUACCCGUUAAUUGCCAUUUGACCCACCCAAUGCGAUCGAUCAUCAAAGCGAACAACCAAUCACUUUGCCAAAUCCACACAGCAAUUGCGAUCCAAACGAAAGCCCUUUCCCUUUCCUAUACCCGCCUUUCCCUUUCGGGGUUCGGUGUUCGAUGUUCGGGAUUGGAUAGAUGGAUAGAUGGCACGUGCCGAUCUGGUUGGACUCAUCCGCCGUCAGCGAUUACACAUCAAGUGCAGGCAUUACCUGGCCCGGAGUGGAGUGCUGAGUGCAACAAGUGCAAGUUGGUUGGCUCACUGCAACGUCGACGCCGCCUGCUACGGUCAUAGCCGUCGACAGACAGACCUCAACCAGUUUCAAUUUCAAUAUAGCAGUUACAAUUCGUAAUUCGUUACAACCGACGCAGAGCGCAACGUGGGACCAGUUGGGCCGAGCUGCUGCUCCAAGCUUCAAACGCUGCUGCUGCUGUUGUUAUUUUCGGCGCCGCAACUCAACCUGGCCGCGGCGCAUGCGUGGAUGAUUAGUGAAGUCCGAGACAUCGCGCCAAUCGGACGUGCAAGAGAUCCCGAUUUUGAUUCCGAUCUUCAGGCAUCAUUCCCCCCUUGACUCGGUUUUGUGGCAUCCUCCGCACAAUUCCCGCAUUGGAAAUGACCCGAACUCUGGCCUUGCUCAGCCUUGUGCUGCUGCUAAAUGACACCCUCGAUGUCCUGGCCUGGAAGCCAAUCGCUGUCAGUUCGAGCAGCGGCAGCACUGCCGCCUACAGUCUCAAGCAAUCCCAUCCGGGGGAGGCCAGCAGCAGUCACGAGAUCUCCACCAGCUUCUCACAGUUUAGCGGCGACAAGGAGACCUCCGAGGUCGAGGAUGAACUCUUGCUGGCCCGUGCCGUGGACACAGCCGGCGGUGCAGUCUCGGCCGCACAUCCCAUUACCUUUGGUGAUCAUGUGGACGAUCAGUAUGAAUCCUAUAGCUUAGAGGAUAUCGAGGCAAACCCAAAGGAUGCGCUGACCUUCACGCGAACACCUCUGUAUGGCGCCAAUCGUUGCAGCGUCAAGAAGUUCGCGUUCAAUCAGGACGGCGAGGUGGAAUAUGGCAACCAUUUGCCGGAACUGGAUCAGUUUACGCUUUGCUUCUGGAUGCGUUUCACCAAUCACAGCGGCGACCAUGUCCUCCUGACCUACGAGGCUGGCAAGGAACCGCGCGAGAUACAAAUCUGGGUCGCGAAUGCGCAAAAUUCCAGUUUCCUUUCGAUGGCCAUAAAGGGGCAGCAAAUGUUCAGAUUGAACUAUCCAUUGAAAAUGCGACAGUGGCAUCAUAUGUGCAGCUCUUGGAAUGGCAAGACGGGCGAGUGGCAGGCCUGGCUUAAGGCGGAGCGCAUAGGGCGUGGCUUUCACAAUUCGCUUGUGGGUCACAAGAUACCAGCAAAUGGUAAACUGCGCUCCGGCGGCAACUCCGUCACCGGCGAGGUUAGCCACGGUCUGCACUUUGAGAUGACACUGGUCCAGGUCUAUCGGGUGGCUCUUAGUGCGGGGAAGGCGCAUCGGGAUCAUAAGCAUCAUCAUGUCCAUCAUUUUGAUCACGAGGGAUUGGAGGUAUCGAGCACCACUCGGGCUCCGCCAACGAUCAAUCGUCCCCAGCCCAUGCACAAUCUGCUGGCAAGUGGUCAAAUCCCCACUCGGGUGCGCAUCAAUCUGGCCAAUCCAACGCCUGCAUCUGCGCCUGGUGCUCCUGCUGGUGCUGCUUCGCCAGGCGAUGCCAUCACCAUCAACACAAACUUUGUCAAUGGCCAAAUCAAUGCCGGCUCCCGCCUGGUGGCCCAGCAGCUACUGGGCCUUGCGCCAUCUCAGGCUGCUCCAGCUCCAGGUCGGAAUCGUUUCCAGAUGCUGAGCAACUCGGCCAACGUGCAGUUUAUCGAUGAAACCGAGACUCAUAUACAGUUCAAGCGGGAGGUUGGUGGCGCUGACAAGAAGCUGCAUAAGCGUGGCCUGGUCCUGCUCGAUGAUGGUUCCGUGGUGGAUGAUGGCUCCGGUUCUGGCUCAGGUACAACAGGCGCUGCCAGUGAGAUAUAUAACGGCCUGGCCGACUUUGGUGGACAGCAGUUUAAGCAGGAUCUGACGCUCAAGAUGAGCCUGGAGGAGGAGAUUAGUACACAUGACCGUGAACCUGCCGAGGAGGAGGUCAAGGCGGUGAUGGGCAUCUGUGGUAGCUGUCACGCGGAGCCCUUCCAGGGGGCUAUUGUAUUUGCGUGGAAGGAUGUCCAGGAGCAUAUGAAUAAUGCGCUCAAGGGGCUGACAGUGGGUCCCUGCGGUAACUUCUAGUUGCACUCGAGUUUAAGCUUCACCUCUGCAAAUCCCCUUCUCUUUUUUUUUUUGUAACCCGCUUCACGUUCUUCGCCUCGUCUCUCUCUGCCUGUCCAUGCGGGAGUCAAUGCUUUAGAGUAGCGGCUCAUGGCCUGCCCCGAACAAUCCUUGACUCGCCCAUGGACACCAUCAGCCCGAAGCCUAACCCUCUAAGCCCCAACGCGGUGAUAUUGAAUAAAGGAUUAAUUUAA